AUGGGAAAAUCUGAAUUAGACACCAAAAAGAAAAUGAAUGCCGAAAACAUAGUAAAAUGCAAUAGGGCCAUAAAUGAUGAAACAGACGCGACGUCAAGUGCAGAAUCAGAAGAUGAUCCAGAAUUUCGAGAAUUGGAAGAACGCUCGCAGAUUGUUGAGAAAUAUGAAAAGGGACCCGAACAGGAGGUGGAAGAAUGGGAAAAUCCUGAUUUCGAAUUAUAUAAAAUUACUGAUCGAUACGGGUUUAUGCACAAGAAUAUGCAAGAAAUUAGUGUGCGGGAGUUAGUGGAAAAGAAGCGAAUGACAAAAGAAGUUUCACGUGAGCAGAAAUGGCUGCGGAUGAUGUCGCGAUGGAGCGAUGGCAAAGGUGCUAAUGACAAGUUGAAGAAACGACUUUGGAAAGGUGUUCCUGAAAAAUUCAGGUCAUUGGCACAGAUUUCUUUGACUUUAUCGCUUAUUUGUGCAUUGAAUUGCUCGCACCAAUUUGCAGGUGUGGACAAGGUUACUUGA